AUGUUCAAAGCAAGCUUUCACUCGUCAGUACUGAAGAGCAGUAGUACCAUUCGUUUAACAACUGGUUUAAGAGGCAUCUCUUUAAAACCUGACUUCAAUAAACUAAAACUUAUUCCUCCACCUCCUGGAGGAGUGAAUGGUACAGUAAACGACAAGCUAAAAACGCCCAAUCCUGAUUUCUUUCACGGAUCGUAUCACUGGGACUAUGAGAGGAUUACAGCGAUUUCUUUGAUUCCACUAACAAUGAUACCUCUCUAUGCUGCACUAUCCAAUGGGACAAUGUAUCCAAUGGUGGACGCAAGUUUGUGCAGCGUUCUACUAAUUCAUGCGCAACUAGGCUUUACAAGCUGUAUCAUUGACUACAUACCCAAGAGAAAAUUUGGUGUGUGGCAUACAUUAGCGAUGUCAACGCUGUAUUUGGGUUCAGCUCUUGGCCUUUAUGGUGUUUACGAGUUGGAGACAAGUAAUAAUGGGCUUGUGGAUCUAAUAUCAAAACUCUGGAAGGACGAUGAAUCCAAUGUUUAUGUUUUUGGAGGCCGUUGA